AUUUUAAAUUUCUUUGAAAAAUCAAGUGCGAUUCAAAAAUGUAGUGCAGUGUAAGUUGAAAGAAACGAACAGUUUCGGGUGGAGGAGCGAAAUGCAACUCCUCCACCCGGAAGACGGAGGGAUUGCGACGUGAAAAAUAACGAAUCGAUUUGGAUGGAGCUACCAUUGGCCAUUGCUUUUCUCCUCCGAGACAAACUUCGAAAUCUUCCCGAUUGACGUCAAUGGCUAUCCGCAUUAACGGCUUAUCGGAUGCGACGAUUAAAACCGGCUGAAACAGAUCACUCUUGUUGUCGGUUUGGUUGUAUUCUUGGACGGAAUCCUGCACGUCAUCGCAUCGCAGCUGUCGUCAUGGAUCUUCUUGCGGGAGACGUGGGUCAUCGGCAAACGGUGGCCGUUUCUAGCCAACUGGAAUGUGACCCAUCAUUUGCUGGCCGUCGGACUCGCUCUCCUCAUGGCAUCGCUCUUUCACAGCUACACGUACCGCCGUCGGGCUCACCAGUUUUUCCGCCGGCUUGGCAUUCCCGGCCCGCAACCGCAUCUCAUCAAGGGCAAUUGCGACAAGAUGCGCAACCCAUCCUUGGUGGCCAUCGAUGUCAUGGAUCAAUGGCAAGCCCAAUUCGGAGAUGUCUACGGCUAUUUCAUCGGGUUGAAACCUUACGUGGUGGUCGGAGAUCUCGACAUGGUUCAACAAGUUCUCAUCCGCGAUUUCCACAAGUUUGUCAACCGACCGGCGAUGGGCAUCGAAAUUCGACCCGUCAUCAACACGCUGGUCGGAUUGCGCAGCCACAGGUGGAAGGAGGUGCGACGAGUCAUUUCGCCCACGUUUUCCACGCGCAAAAUGCGCCAGAUCAACUCCAUCAUCAAUCGGUGUGUUGAUAUCCUGGUGGAAGUGGUCGGCCAACACGCUGAAACUCAGAGCGAAAUCGAUUUUUACGGUGUCUUCCAAGGUCUAACUUGCCAGGUGAUUGGUGAAUGCGCAUUGAACACUAAAGUUGAUUGCCAACGACAGCCUCAAGAUGAAUUCCUUAAUUCGUUGCGGCAAUUCUUGAGACAAGCCAAUAAUCCCAUCAUCGAUUUGGCCAUUUAUUUCCCGCUCGUCAGAGAAAUCUUGGCCGUCGUGUGUCGUGUGGCUUCGCCGUGCGGUCAGUUCACGCAGUCGAUCAUCGAUAAAGUCCAGGGUGUCAUCAACGAACGCAGAGAGGAUCGUCUGACCGGUACGUCGGCCCCCAAUCACGGUGACAUUUUGCAGCUGUUGAUGGAAGCCUCUGAGAAUCGCCAAGAGGACGCGUACGAUACGGACGGAUGCGUCCGUCCGACGCAUCAAUUGCUCACCGACGAUGAAAUCAUUGCCAAUGCUUGGGUUUUCCUCCUGGGUGGUUUUGAAACCACUGCCAACGCUCUCACCUACUGCGCAUACUUGCUGGCCACUCAUCCCGAUGUCCAGGAGAAACUGUACGAGGAACUAAGGGAUUACCUUGGGGAAAGUUCUGGCGAUCUCGAAACAGAUUACAAUACAAUUAGCCAGUUAACUUACCUGGACAAGGUAUUUUGCGAAGCCCUGAGGCUCUUCCCACCUGUGGUGUUGUUCGUGACACGCGAGGCGGCCGAAGAUGCCCAACUGGGUGAUUUUCACAUCCCUGCCGGUACGAACGUUCAGAUUCCCAUUUGGCAAAUCCAUCACGAUCCCAAAUUGUGGCCGAAUCCUUACCAAUUUGAUCCUGAACGAUUUGAACCUGAAUUGAAGAAAAACCGACAUCCGAUGGCAUGGAUUCCGUUCGGCUCUGGACCUAGAGCUUGUCUUGGAAUCCGCUUUGCAAUGCUGGAAGCCAAAAUUGCCUUGGCUAAGCUUCUCAUGAACUAUCGACUGGUGCCGUGUGAACGUACAGAAGAAAAGCUGACGCUCGUCGUCCCGACGGUGACUCUCAAUCCAAAAUCAGGCGUGUGGUUAAAAGCUGAAAAAAGAGAACAGACAUCGGCAUGACAGGUGAAAAAAAAAAAGGGAAAAACACACACACAAAAAAAUUGAAUCAUCCAUCGCUCUUCAUACAUCAUGCGUUCUUUAAUCGGGUAGUAGAAAAUGUUUAGUCCGACUUUCGUAUACGUGUCUCAUUUCCUUUGAAAUUCGUGAUUGUGCUUAGAAUUUUAUAGAGCGAUAGAUUUACUGCGUAAUAAUGUGAUCCAAGGUAUUUGAGAAGGAAAGAGAUUCCGCUUUGCAUGCUCCUGUGCAGCAUCGGAUCUAAACGAUGAUGACGCACCGGUGAUUAGCUUCUGUUCCCCCUAAUGGACUCUGAUGGGCUCUUUAAAAAAAAAACAUGUCGUGUUUGCUGAUGAUGAAUGUUUUUCAAGCCAAUUUUUCUCUUUUGAUCUUGUUUUCUUUUAAAUUUCUUUUCUCCACACGUGACUGCUUUUUUAAGUAUUGGCUUAAUCUCUUAUCCUUUUUCUCUCAACCGUACGUUUGUGUUUUGAAACGUGCAUCAUUCAGCAGCCGAUCCAUCAUUGUCCAAGGGAACCAGCUCUUGACUUGACGUUCGUCAGUGUCAAACAGCAAAUGUUUUUUUUUUUUGCUUUAAGUUUUUUCAGGGACUCCUAUUUUUACUGACAUAUUUUUUUUCAAUGCACAAUUUUAUGAAUUGUGUCAUUUGAAUUAUUCUGAUGUUUUUUCCCACAUUUUUUUCUUUGAACAUGUCGCUAAAUUGUUGGAACCCUUUCUCUCUGUUCCUUGUUUGAUCUCUAUGGCAUAUCUCUCAUGCCAUGGGUCACUUCAAACAAAAGAAAAAAGAAAUGAAAUAUUGUCCUAUUAUCUCUAGAACAAAUAUUUCAUUUUUCUUGUGCAUGUUGCGACUCUACUCAGUGCUCAACCUAUAUCUCUGUUGAUAUCAUUUUUUUUUCCUUUAAGUUGCAUCCAUUUUUU